AGCUCCGCGCUGGUGUGUGGCGGGCGGCCGCGCCCCUGGGCUCGUCCCCGCAGGACUUGGGCUUUCGCGCCGGGAACACGCGGGCCUGUCCAUGGACCGCGCGGCCGUGGCGCGAGUGGGCGCGGUGGCGAGCGCCAGUGUGUGCGCGGUGGUGGCAGGCGUGGUGCUGGCCCAGUACAUAUUCACCUUGAAGAGAAAGACGGGCCGCAAGACCAAGAUCAUCGAGAUGAUGCCAGAAUUUCAGAAAAGCUCAGUUCGUAUCAAGAACCCUACAAGAGUAGAAGAAAUUAUCUGUGGUCUCAUUAAAGGAGGUGCUGCCAAACUUCAGAUAAUAACAGACUUUGAUAUGACACUAAGUAGGUUUUCCUACAAUGGGAAAAGAUGCCCAACAUGUCAUAAUAUCAUUGACAACUGUAAGCUUGUUACAGAUGAAUGUCGAAAAAAGUUGCUGCAGUUGAAGGAGCAGUACUAUGCUAUUGAAGUCGAUCCUGUUCUCACUGUGGAAGAGAAGUUCCCUUACAUGGUAGAGUGGUAUACUAAGUCGCACGGGCUGCUUAUUGAACAAGGCAUACCAAAAGCCAGACUUAAAGAGAUUGUGGCAGACUCUGAUGUCAUGCUCAAGGAAGGAUAUGAGAACUUCUUCGGUAAACUUCAGCAGCACAGCAUCCCUGUGUUCAUAUUUUCCGCUGGUAUCGGUGAUGUGCUUGAAGAAGUUAUCCGUCAGGCUGGAGUCUACCACUCCAAUGUCAAAGUCGUGUCUAACUUCAUGGAUUUUGAUGAAAAUGGAGUGCUGAAAGGAUUCAAAGGCGAAUUGAUUCAUGUAUUCAACAAACAUGACGGUGCCUUGAAGAAUACAGACUAUUUCAACCAACUGAAAGACAACAGCAACAUCAUUCUCCUGGGAGAUUCCCAAGGAGACCUAAGGAUGGCAGACGGCGUAGCCAACGUUGAACACAUUCUGAAAAUUGGGUAUCUGAAUGACAGGGUAGACGAGCUUUUAGAAAAAUACAUGGACUCUUAUGAUAUUGUUUUAGUAAAAGAAGAAUCCCUGGAGGUUGUCAACUCUAUUUUACAGAAGACAUUAUAAACAAGCCGUUUGUGAGAAGA